CAGCCCAUUACCCAUGAGCUUUCAGUGACACCCUCAGCAGAUAGCCCUGAAUCUGAACUUUCAUUUUUUUAAAAAGAAUUCCACCAACGCAAAACUAAAGAUCCAAUGCCAUUAUUGAGAGCACCUUAGAUUGCUGGAGUUUAUACAGCGACAGGAACUUCUAAAGCACAAGGAGCAGCAGUGGAAAAGAAUGUGUAAACAACUAACACUUUUAAAGGAAUUGGUACAGAGAAAUGGAAUCUAAACGUACUUGAUCUUGAAGAGUUUACAGAAUGUUGCUUGGAAAAAGAGCAGAAGAAGCAGCGGAAAUGAACUAGAAGCAGCAUGGCUGUCAUAAGCCAGGACAUUAUAGCAUAUUAUAAAGAGAGAGAAAGUGCCCACAUUAUUUUGCAAGUCCUGUAUUCAGAGCAACUACUCCCCUACCAACAACAUACUGGCGAUACUGCCGAAGCCCUAGUCAAUCUUUGGAGUACGGAGGUGACCCGGGCGGUGGACGCUAUUGCUCCAAACAGCCCUCUCCCACCAGGGAAGGCCCGUAAUACACCUUGGUUUACUCAAACCUUGGGCCUGAUGAAGUGGCAGGGACGAUGGCUAGAGCAACGAUGGAGAAAAACUCAAUCUACUUCCUACUGCACACAGGCUAGAGCUCAUUUUCAAGCCUAUCAUGUGGCGGUGAUGGCAGCGAAGAAAGUUCACUUCUCUGCCACCAUUGCAUCUGCUCAGUGUCAUCUGGUGAUGCUUUUCCACAUGGUCCAGGAUCUUUUGGGCUCUGGCCCUACAUUAGACUCUGAGCCCUCAGUUGCUCAUGGUGACAUGCUUGCGAGGCACUUUGCAGACAAAAUUGCUUAUGUUCGGACUGACUUGGACUCCUCACUAACUAUAGUUGUGCCAGAUGUCCCCGAAGCUUUCUCUGGUCAUUUUUCUAUGGAUAUUUUUCAGCUUGUAAAGCCUGAGGAUGUGGACAGGAUUCUGGGUGAAUCGAGGGCCACUACUUGUUCCCUUGACCCUUGCCCAUCCUGGUUAAUCAAAUGUGCCAGAAGGGGAGUGGCUGACUGGUUGGUAUAUUUAAUGAACACUUCCCUAAGGAAAGUUUCUAUGCCAACAUUGUUGAAGGAGGCUGUGAUAAGACCUUUGUUGAAAAAGCCUUCGUUACACCCUGCGGGUCCUAACAACUUCUGCCCAGUCUCUACUCUCCCCUUUCUGGGCAAGGUGAUUGAGAGGGUAGUGGCUUCUCAGCUCCAAGUUUUCCUGGAUGAAUCGGACUAUCUAGACCCUUUUCAAUCAGGCUUCAGGCCUGGUCAUGGGACCGAGACUGCCCUGGUCGCCCUGCUUGAUGAACUACGCCGGGCAUCAGACAUGGGGAGUGCAUCUGUUGGUGCUGCUGGACCUCUCAGCGGCCUUUGAUACGAUCGACCAUGGUAUCCUUCUGGCAUGGUAUCUAGCUGGGAUGGGAUUGGGAGGCACUGUUUUACGGUGGCUCCAGUCCUACCUGAUGGACAGGAGCCAGAAAGUGGUGCUGGGAGACUACUGCUCUUCCCCCUCAUUGGGGGUACUAUGGGGUACUGCAGGGUUCAAUUUUAUCUCCCAUGCUCUCUAACAUUUAUAUGAAACUGCUGGGAAAGGUCAUCCGGAGAUUUGGAGUACGAUGUCAUCAAUAUGCUAAUGACACACAACUUUAUCUCUCCCUACCACCUGAUUGCAGGGAGGGAGAGCUCAUCCUAAACCGGUGCCUGGACGCUGUGAAGGGCUGGAUGUGGGCUAACAAACUGAAACUUAAUCCAGACAAGACAGAAGUACUGCUGGUCAAGGGAAAAGCUGCACCAGGGAUGGGGUUGCACACCUCUUGAGGGAGCAGGUCCGCAGUUUGGGAGUCCUCUUGGAUCCUGCCCUGCUGCUUGACUAUCAGGUGGCUGCAGUAGCCAGGAGUGCUUUUGGCCAACUCAAACUGGUUUACCAGCUGUGUCCGUUCCUGAAAGCAGUUGACUUGGCCACAGUGACACAUGCAUUGGUGACAUUGAGGCAUGAUUACUGUAACGCACUCUAUGUGGGGCUGCCUUUGAAAACAGUUCGGAAAUUGCAGUUGGUCCAAAAUGCAGCAGCCAGAAUGUUAACUGGAGCACGGCGCAGGGAGCAUAUCACCCCUGUGCUUUAUCCCAAUUUGGCUCUCAAUUUGUUUCCAGGCCCAAUUCAAAUUGCUGGUUCUGACCUUUAAAGCCCUAAAUGGCCUUGGACCAAUGUACCUGAGGGACUGCUUAUGCCCAUAUAUACCUGCCCAGGAUUUAACUGCCUCUGGUCUCCUCUGCAUGCCUGGAAUAAAAGAUGUUAGGCUGACAGGCAUGCGGGAGAGAGCCUUUUCAGCUGUGGCCCCUAAGCUUUGGAAUACCCUAUCCCAAGAAGUCUGCUCUGCUCCCUCCCUGUUGGUUUUCCAGAGAUUUCUGAAAACAAUCUUGUUCCAGAGAGCCUGUGGGAGGGACUGACGGUAGAGCCUGACACUGGUUUUAUGCCUUCUACGUUAAAUUUUACCCUUGUAGUCCCCUUUAGUACCACUCCCUAUAUAUAUGUGUGUGUGUGUGUAUUAUUUUAUGUAUUUUAAUUGCACUUUGUGUAUUUUAAUUUAUUUUAAUGUUUUUGUGAUUUUUAUUGUGUACAGUUUUAUUAUGUAUGGG